AUGGUGGUCAGUAUUGCUGAGGAUCUGUUACGAACUGCCGCACAAAACAGCAGACUCUCCUUGCAGCGGACUCAAGCUGGAUGGCUUUUACUUGGAGCACUUAUGACUUUAGGUCCUUCUGUUGUUCGGUAUCAUCUGCCUAAGAUGUUGCUGCUAUGGCGAAACGUGUUUCCACGUUCUCUGAAGGAGUUAGAAGCAGAGAAGGCGAGAGGAGAUUCUUUUACCUGGCAAGUGACGCUGGAAGGCCGCGCUGGAGCGCUCUGCGCUAUGAGAAGUUUUGUUGCUCACUGUCCUGAGCUCCUUACUGAGGAUGUGAUCAGGAAAUUGAUGACACCCAUAGAAUGUGCCAUGACAAUGAUGUCACACAUUCCCUCAGUAAUUAAAGCCCAUGGAGCUCAUCUCAAAGCUAGUGCAGCUAUGGUCCGUUUAAGGCUUUAUGAUAUAUUGGCUUUAUUACCUCCAAAGACAUAUGAAGGAUCAUUUAAUGCACUUCUUCGAGAGUUGGUAGCAGAAUUUACUUUGACAGACAACUCUGCUAAUACAACCACAUCACUCCUAAGGUCUCUUUGUCAUUAUGAUGAUAGUGUUCUUCUUGGCUCUUGGCUGCAGGAAACAGAUCAUAAGUCAAUUGAAGACCAGCUUCAGCCAAACAGUGCGUCUGGAAGUGGUGCUUUGGAACAUGAUCCAUCUUCUAUUUAUUUGCGCAUCCCUGCCGGUGAAGCUGUACCCGGUCCCCUUCCUUUAGGAGUAUCUGUCAUCGAUGCAUCUGUGGCUCUCUUCGGUGUGGUUUUUCCUCAUGUCUCUUACAAACAUAGAUUACAGAUGUUGGAUCACUUUGCUGAAUGUGUCAAGCAGGCUAAAGGUGUUCGCCAGCAAGCUGUGCAGCUUAAUAUCUUUACUGCUGUUCUUAGUGCCUUGAAGGGUUUAGCUGAGAAUAAAAGCACGUUAGGACCAGAAGAAGUCCGCAAAUCUGCUCUGACGCUGGUAAUGGGUGCCCUUGAUAAUCCCAACCCUAUUUUGAGAUGCGCAGCAGGCGAAGCUCUUGGCAGAAUGGCUCAAGUGGUUGGAGAAGCCUCUUUCAUUGCUAGAAUGGCUCAAUACAGUUUUGAUAAGUUAAAAUCUGCUCGAGAUGUUGUAUCGAGAACAGGUCAUUCUUUGGCUCUGGGCUGUCUCCAUCGGUAUGUUGGUGGAAUAGGUUCUGGACAGCAUCUGAAAACUAGUGUCAGUAUUCUCUUGGCUUUGGCACAAGAUGGAACCUCUCCUGAAGUCCAGACCUGGUCUCUCCAUUCACUUGCCUUGAUAGUAGAUUCUAGUGGACCAAUGUAUCGUGGAUAUGUGGAGCCAACGCUUUCUCUAGUUCUUACUCUGCUCUUAACUGUUCCACCGUCGCAUACGGAAGUACAUCAAUGCUUAGGCCGAUGUCUUGGAGCUAUAAUAACUACUGUUGGGCCUGAGCUGCAAGGUAAUGGAGCUACCAUUUCAACAAUCCGUUCUUCCUGUUUGGUGGGAUGUGCAAUCACACAAGACCAUUCAGACUCACUUGUUCAGGCAGCUGCCAUAUCCUGCCUUCAGCAGCUUCAUAUGUUUGCACCACGGCAUGUCAACCUGUCCAGUCUGGUUCCUAGUCUUUGUGUUCAUUUGUGCAGCUCUCACUUGCUGCUUCGUCGGGCUGCAGUUGCAUGUUUACGACAGCUUGCUCAGAGGGAAGCAGCAGAAGUAUGUGAAUAUGCCAUGAGCUUAGCAAAAAAUGCUGGAGACAAAGAAAACAGUGGCAUCAAUAUUAAUCCCUUUGCACCAGGAGCUGGUUCUCGGCGAGAUGCUCUUUCCCGGCAUCAGGGAGUUAAUAUAACAGAGACAGGCCUCGAAGGUGUCCUUUUUGGAAUGUUGGAUCGGGAGACUGAUCGGAAGUUGUGCUCAGAUAUCCAUGAUACUCUGGGACAUAUGCUUUCAUCGCUGGCAGUAGAAAACCUUUCUCACUGGCUAAUGCUUUGUAAGGAUGUCCUUGCAGCUUCCAGUGACAUGAGCACUGCUGCUCCCUUGGGAGGAGGGAAGGAUGAGGAGUCAGAGAAGAAGGACGAGAUGGACGAUGAUACAAUGUUUACCACCUUGGGUGAAGAUGAUAAAUCCAAACCUUCUGUAGCACCUCGUUGGGCAACUCGUGUGUUUGCAGCAGACUGUCUGUGCCGAGUUAUCAUGCUGUGUGAGAAUGCGAACAAGGCGCACUUCGAUCUGGCACUGGCUCGUUCAGCCAGACUUAAAAACCCAAAAAAUGACUUCUUAGUACUGCAUCUCUCUGACCUUAUUCGAAUGGCGUUCAUGGCUGCAACUGAUCACAGCAACCAGUUACGAAUGGCGGGUCUGCAAGCUCUUGAAGACAUUAUCAAGAAAUUUGCAUCAGUUCCUGAGCCAGAGUUUCCAGGCCAUGUGAUACUGGAGCAGUAUCAGGCUAAUGUUGGAGCUGCUCUGAGGCCAGCUUUUUCUCAAGAUACACCGUCUGAUAUAACUGCAAAGGCCUGCCAGGUAUGUAGCGCUUGGAUAGGAAGUGGAGUUGUAAGUGACCUGAAUGAUCUCCGCCGAGUUCACAACCUUCUUGUCUCUUCCCUGGAUAAAGUGCAAGCAGGAAAGGGAUCUUCUAGUCAGCUUUACCGAGAGAGUGCAACUACUAUGGAAAAACUUGCAGUUUUGAAAGCAUGGGCUGAGGUGUAUGUUGUUGCCAUGAAAAUUAAGAAAGAAGCAGAGACCAAACCAAAACGUGUUUUAAAGAGCACAGAGGAGGAUGAGGAUGAUUUUGGUACUGUAGAUGAGUUGCCACCAGACAGUUUGAUAACACUUGUACAACCUGAGCUGCCUGCACUUAGCCGUCUCUGGUUAGCUGCGCUGAAAGAUUAUGCUCUUUUAACUUUACCAGCUGAAUUUGCUACUCAGCUUCCACCAGAUGGGGGAGCAUUUUACACUCCAGAAACAAUUGAUACAGCUAGACUGCAUUACCGAAACUCCUGGGCUCCCAUAUUACAUGCAGUGGCACUUUGGCUAAACUGUACAGGAUUUAAUGCUUCAGAGUCAACAGAAGAGACUGCCGCAGCAAUGCCCAAUUCACAGAAAUGUGCAACAUCCAUUAUGUUAAACCAGACACCUGGAACUCCACCUACCACUAAAUCUUUGCCGGAGAUAAACAAAGAUCGAAUGCACUUAAUUUUGGGUGUUAGUAUACAGUUUCUAUGUUCCCCACGACCUGAAGAGCCUGUUGAGCAUGUUACGUCUUGUUUACAAGCACUUCAUACUUUAUUGGAUUCCCCUUGUGCCAGGAUCCAUAUUGCAGAGGAUCAGCUCCUUGGUGUUGAACUCUUGAGUGUGCUUCACCGACUCCUCCUGACCUGGGAUCCUCCUUCAGUCCAGCUACUGGUUACAGGAGUUGUCCAGCAGAUAGUAAGAGCAGCUCAAGAUUAUUUGCAGGAAAAAAGAAACACUCUAAAUGAAGAUGACAUUGAGGAAAAAGAAAAUCCUCUUGCUUUAGGAGAGGGAGGUGAAAGUGGUGGUCUUGUGCCUGGAAAAUCUCUCGUCUUUGCAGCCAUGGAAUUGCUCAUGUUUAUCCUAGUACGGCACAUGCCCCAUCUGAGUUCAAAAGUGUCAGAUUCUCCAAGUCACAUUGCUACCAAAUCCCACCUCUCUGACGAAAGUGCUCGUCUUGUGGCUGCCACUGUUACUAUACUGUCUGACCUACCUUCUCUAUGUUCUCCAGCAGGAUGUAUGACAAUCUUGCCCACUAUCCUAUUUCUGAUUACAAGAGUACUGAAAGAAACAGCAGUAAAAUCAGCAGAUAAUCAGGUCCCACCUCCAGUCAGUGCAGCCCUUCAAGGGAUAAAAACUAUUGUUACUCUUCCAACAGUCAAGACUGAUGAAACUCAGAAACAAUGGACAGGUCUUAUCCGCAGCACUCUGGCAUCUAUCUUGGAAUACUCUCAACCUGAAGCCUCUAAGCCUAUUCUUGAUGAAGUAAGCGUACUUACAGCUAUUGCUCUCUUCCUUUGGUCAGCAAGCACUGAAAUAAUUGGAGUGCAGUCUUUACAAAAUGGAUGUAUGAACAGAUUUAAAAGUGCAUUAAAUUCCUGUGAUCCUUGGGUUCAAGCCAAGUGUUACCAGCUUCUGCUUUCUGUGUUCCAACACACCAAUCGUGCCCUGUCAACUCCAUAUAUUCAUUCGUUGGCCCCUAUCAUGGUUGAGAAGUUGAAAGCUGUGGAAAGGAGCCGCCCGAACAACAACCUGGAGCUGUUAGCAGUCCAGGAAGGAAUUAAAGUCCUUGAAACGUUGGUUGCCCUUGGUGAGGAGCAGAAUAGAGUCCAGUUGCUUGCCCUUCUUGUUCCCACUCUGAUCUCCUAUUUACUGAAUGAAAAUGCCUUUGCUUCUGCAUGUACAGCAUCUAAGGAUCUUCACGAAUUUGCACUUCAGAAUCUAAUGCACAUUGGUCCACUUUACCCACAUGCUUUCAAGACAGUAAUGGGAGCUGCUCCUGAAUUAAAAACACGUCUAGAAACUGCAGUCCGAGCAAGUCAGGCCAGCAAAGCAAAAGCAGCUGCUAGGCAACCACCACCCACAGUACAUUCCACCCCAACAAUUAAACUGAAAACUAGCUUUUUUUGAAUUACUUGUAUUAUUUUUGGACCAAUAAGUAGUCAGAAGCAUUACAUUGUCCCCAAUGUGUUACUGUGUAUAUGUCUGUAAUUUUGCGUAAUUUGUACGUGAAAGGCUGUCUAAUAGAGCUUUACGUAAUCACUGGAAAUCCAUGCGUUACAAGGGAAGUGGUGUUACUUGUAUUUGUAUAGAUUUUUAGGAAAUUGAAUGUGAUCAUAUUUAUGAAUUUGUGUUAUAAAUUAUCCACCCGAAACUCCUAUUCUCUAUCUGACUAAAUAGUUUUAUUUAUUUUUAAAAGCUACCCCAAACCUUUGAGUGUUUUUUUUAAAUCUGGUGAUUGUUAUCCUACCAUUGUGCAAACACCCUAACACAGUGGGGACAGAGGGAAGAGGGGAAACUGUUAUG